AUGACCACGACUUCCGCAGAGAAUGGCUCUGCAAAAGUCAUAUUUUCUCUAAUUCCAAGCAUGGCUACCUGCGUGUGGAUGCCGCAUUGGCAAUUUGCCUCUCCAGAAGUUGAGUCUAAAUUGUGCCGGAGUCACGUCCGAUUACAUGGUAUUCAUCAUUAUCCUCAGUCAUCUGUCGGAUUUCGCAAACUUAAUAGAUUUAAGGUAGUUUGUCGCAAUUCCAACGGUCAGGACAGCAACAACCAAUCAGGACGAACUGGAAUCCAGCUUUACAGUGAGAUCGAGAGGUUACUCACUGAGACUGUGAAGCAAUCUCAAGGUGGGUGGGGUAGUAGUUCAAGAGAUUGGCAGGAAGUUGAGGGAGCCUGGGUAUUAAAACCAAGAAAUUCAGAGCCAACAUCUGUUGUGCAUUUUGUUGGUGGCAUAUUUGUUGGGGCAGCUCCUCAGCUCACUUAUCGAUUAUUUCUGGAACGCCUUUCAGAGAGGGGUGCAUUGGUAAUUGCAACACCUUAUGCUAGUGGUUUUGACCACUUCUUCAUAGCAGACGAAGUUCAGUUCAAAUUUGACAGGUGUCUUAGGGCUCUAAACGAAACAGUGAGGGAUCUUCCAUCUUUUGGAAUUGGACACUCUCUAGGAUCUGUCAUCCACCUUUUGAUUGGUUCCAGGUAUGCUAUACAGAGGUGUGGUAAUGUAUAUAUGGCUUUCAACAACAAGGAUGCCAGCAUGGCUGUCCCAUUGCUCUCACCUGUUCUUUUACCAAUGGCUCAAAGCAUUGGACCAAUCCUCUCACAGAUUGCAUCAUCACCAACUAUCCGUUUUGGGGCAGAAAUGACUUUAAAAAACUUGGAGAACCUUAGCCCUCGCAUUAUGAAACAAGUUAUACCAUUGAUUGAGCAACUUCCUCCUUUGUACAUGGAGUUGGCUAAUGGAAGAGACAAUUUCACUCCAAAACCAGAAGAAACUCGAAGACUGAUAAAAUCAUACUAUGGAAUCUCAAGGAAUCUUUUAAUCAAAUUCAAAGAUGAUACGAUUGAUGAAACCUCGACCCUAGCUCAGGUGCUUAGCUCAGAGGCUGCCAUUAGUUCAGUGCUGGAUAUGUCAAUUCGAUCACUCCCUGGUGAUCAUGGACUUCCUUUACAACAGGCUUUGCCAGAUGUCCCACCAGGAAUGGUGGAUGCUGUAAACAGGGGUGGAGAGCUAUUUGCAAAUUUAACUGCAGGGACACCAUGGGAAGCAGUUGCUAAAGAAGUAGGGAAUUCACUGGGUGUAGACUCUCCAACUCUUCGUGCAAAUAAUUCAAAGGAGUUGGAUUUGCUUGCUGAUACAAUUACUGCUUGGAUGAUUACAAACACUGGUGCUAAACUUUUGAAGCCAUAGGAUUAGAAUCCCACCAAAAGCUAUAAGAUGGGAGUAUAAUAUGCUCGAUAUUUGUAAGUUUGUAAAAUGAAUAGACUCUUGAACACUAUCACGUGCAUGGAAAUGCAUAGAAAUCGAUGGUAAAACACAUGCCAACAUCACUAAAUGUUGUAAAAUACAAAUCUUUGUUAUAUAAUGAUAACAUCAUUUUAGGUAAGGA